AUGACCAGAAGCAUAUUUCUCACGGGGCCGAAGCCAUCACUCAAGUUGGUUCCUAACGAUAUCUGGCUUCCUGGGUUGUAUUCUCGACGUGUCUUGUGCUUUGAACUUCCUCUGAGCUUGAGCCAGGAUAAGGUCGUGGACGUAUUCCAGCGUGCUCUGAAAGCACUUGUGCAGGGAACACCAGAGCUGGGUGCUACAUCAAUAGUCGUGCAAAAUGCUGCUCUGCACGAUCCUACCAAGCCUUGGAGAGAACUGGCACCCGGGCAAGGUAUCGAGCUGGUGGUCAAAGACCUGACUGCAACCAUGCCAAAUUUCAAACAACUGGAAGGCUCUGGAUUUCCGCUGUCAGAAUUCAGAGACUCGGAGAUCAUGCCAAUCGAAGGACCUAUCAUGCCCGAACCUGCCGCCGUUUCGAAAUUCCAGCUGAAUUUUAUCGGAGGGGGUGUUCUCUUGAGCUCGUGUAUAUAUCACCACCUCACCGAUGGCAAUGGCAUGAAUGCGAUCAUGCGAGCUCUGGCCGAGAAUUGCAAGAAGGCGACUGAGACGCAGGGUGACCUUCCGCCACAUGUGCUUGAUACCAGCCGUGCUGUGUUCGAUGUACCAGAAGGGUUGACCGACAUCAGUCAUCAUGGGGCAUACUCGAUUGGCGAAGAAGUGUUCACACCGGGAGUAUCCCACGAUGAAGCUCCUCUUGAAGUCAAUGGUGUCGAGCCAUUGCCUCCACCACAGUUCCAACCACACUACUACAACAUCUCAGCAGAGAAUGCGCAAGCGAUCAAAGAAUAUGCCAGCAGUAUAUCGCCCGUCUCAACACAUGAUGCCAUCUCUGCAGCCCUUUGGCGAAACCUCAUCAUCUCUCGCGUAUCGACAGGCGAACUCACUGACAUCGACAAACUCUGCUCUUUCACCAUUCCGCACAACGCAAGAAAGUAUCUGAGCCUCCCCUCAACCUGGGUUGGCAACCUCACCUACUUCAUCAUUGCCCACGCAACAGUCCGCGAGAUCACUCAACCCGACAGCCUUCCUCUUCUCGCCUCCCGCAUCCGCGCCGCGAUGUCCGCUGUCACGCCCUCUCACGUCCACGGCGUCAUCACUCUUCGCAAGAGGCAUCCUUUCUCUCUCUCCUGGUGGCCCAUCAUGGUCGCCAGCGAACCUGAGAUUGUCGCAUUGACCAGCUUCUACCACUCCGAACUUCUCCUGAAUAGCGACAGCGAUGGUGGUCCUCUUGUCGACUGGGGCGAACAUCUCGGUCACGAAGCUAAGCAUUUCACUACGACGGACCUCGGGGCAUUCGCUGCGCAAUACCAACGCGCGCAUUUCGUGGGUCCGAAGUUGCCGCCGGACGGGAGGGGAUGUUAUGUUCAUAUCGGGUUGGUGAAGCCAGAAGUAGAGAGUUUUAGGAAUGAAGAGGUGUGGAAUCGGUAUUUUACUUUGAAGGAAGUUACGGUGGUGGAGGGAGCGAGUUCGGAGUAGCCAUGUGUGCUUCAUGAGUGACUUCUUGAUAUCAACUACCACGAUUGUUGACGCCAGAGUAAUCGCUAGAUUAACAACUUUUCUCCAUUGGGGAUUCUCUGCUGCUUAGCUUGAAUCCUCACCAACAGGUCGUUCUGAAUACUCAAUUGAGACAGGAAGGCACUUCCGCCACUGACCUUGAGAUGCUUGCUGGAAAGGCUUC